GGCCGGGCCCACUCGGAGGGGCAAAGUGGAGCGGAGCAGUGCUGCGAGCAGCCGACCCCGGGGACCAUGGGCACCAUGUUCCGGAGCGAGGAGGUGGUGUUGGCCCAGCUGUUCCUGCCCACGGCUGCUGCCUACACCUGCGUGAGCCAGCUUGGCGAGCUGGGCCUCGUGGAGUUUAGAGACCUUAAUGCAUCAGUGAGCGCCUUCCAGAGACGCUUCGUGGUGGACAUCCGGCGUUGCGAGGAGCUGGAGAAGACCUUCCUGUUCCUGCAGGAGGAGGUGCGGCGGGCCGGCCUGGUGCUGCCUGCGCCCGAGGGGAGGCUGCCGGCGCCCCCACCCCGCGACCUGCUGCGCAUCCAGGAGGAGACGGAGCGGCUGGCGCAGGAGCUGCGUGACGUGCGGGGCAACCAGCAGGCCCUGCGGGCCCAGCUGCACCAGCUGCAGCUCCAUGCUGCUGUGCUGGGCCAGGGCCACGGCCCCCCGGUGGAAGCCUCCCACCUGGACGGGCUGUCAGAGAGGACCUCCCUGCUCCAGCCCUCUGCGGGGCCACACCAGGAUCUGAGGGUCAACUUCGUGGCGGGAGCCGUGGAGCCACACAAGGCUGCUGCCCUGGAGCGUCUGCUCUGGAGGGCCUGCCGCGGCUUCCUCAUCGCCAGCUUCCUGGAGACUGAGCAGCCGCUGGAGGACCCCGUGACGGGUGAGCCUGCCACCUGGAUGACCUUCCUGAUCUCCUACUGGGGCGAGCAGAUCGGGCAGAAGAUCCACAAGAUCACCGACUGCUUCCACUGCCACGUCUUCCCAUUCGAGGAGCAGGAGGAGGCCCGCCGCGGGGUCCUGCAGCAGCUGCAGCAGCAGAGCCAGGAGCUGCGGGAGGUCCUGGGAGAGACAGAGCGGUUCCUGAGCCAGGUGCUGGGCCGGGUACAGCGGCUGCUGCCCCCCUGGCAGGUGCAGAUCCGCAAGAUGAAAGCCGUGUACCUGGCCCUCAACCAGUGCAGCGUGAGUGCCACCCACAAGUGUCUCAUUGCCGAGGCCUGGUGCCCCACACGUGACCUGCCUACCAUACAGCAAGCACUGCAGGAGAGCUCGAGCGAGGUGGGCGUCAGCGCCGUGGUUCACUGCAUCCCCUGCCGGGACAUGCCUCCGACGCUCAUCCACACCAACCGCUUCACGGCCAGCUUCCAGGGCAUCGUGGAUGCUUACGGCGUGGGCCGCUACAUGGAGGUUAACCCCGCGCCCUACACCAUCAUCACCUUCCCUUUCCUCUUCGCUGUGAUGUUUGGCGACGUGGGCCACGGGCUGCUCAUGUUCCUCUUCGCGCUAGCCAUGGUGCUCGCUGAGGACCAACCAGCGGUGAAGGCCGCGCAGAACGAGAUCUGGCGGACCUUCUUCGGGGGGCGCUACCUGCUCCUGCUCAUGGGGCUGUUCUCUGUCUACACCGGCUUCAUCUACAACGAGUGCUUCAGCCGCGCCGCCACCAUCUUCCGCUCGGGCUGGAGCGUGGCCGCCAUGGCCAACCACUCCGGCUGGAGCGACGCGUUCUUGGCCCAGCACCCGAUACUCACCCUGGACCCCAACGUCACCGGCGUCUUCCUGGGACCCUACCCCUUCGGCAUCGACCCCAUUUGGAGCCUGGCCGCCAACCACCUGAGCUUCCUCAACUCCUUUAAGAUGAAGAUGUCCAUCAUCCUGGGGGUCAUCCACAUGGCCUUCGGGGUGGUCCUUGGAGUCUUCAACCACGUGCACUUUGGCCAGCGCCACCGGCUGCUGCUGGAGUUCCUGCCCCAGCUGACCUUCCUGCUGGGCCUCUUUGGCUACCUGGUCUUCAUGGUUGUCUACAAGUGGCUGCGUGUCUCGGCCGCUGGCGCCGCCGAGGCCCCCAGCAUCCUCAUCCACUUCAUCAACAUGUUCCUCUUCUCCCGAAGUCCUACCAACCGGCCACUCUACUCUGGGCAGGAAGUGGUACAGUCCACACUGGUGGUCCUGGCCUUGGCCAUGGUGCCCAUCCUGCUGCUGGGCACGCCCUUGUACCUGCGCUGGCAGCACCGCCGCCACUCCCUGAGAAGGCCUUCCGGCCCACAGCUGGACGAGGACAAGGCUGGGUUUAUGGACUCACGGGACAGCGGUGCGUCUGUGAACAGCUGGGGAUCUGAUGAGGAGAAGGGGGGGCCCCCAGGGGACGAGGAGCAGGCCAAGUUCGCCUUCUCCGAGGUGUUCAUGCACCAGGCCAUCCACACCAUCGAGUUCUGCCUGGGCUGCAUCUCCAACACCGCCUCCUACCUGCGCCUCUGGGCCCUGAGCCUGGCCCACGCCCAGCUGUCGGAAGUGCUGUGGACCAUGGUGAUGCGCACGGGCCUGGGCAUGGGCAGCAGGGUGGGCGUGACGGCGGCCGUGCUGGUGCCGCUGUUUGCCGCCUUCGCCAUGUUGACCGUGGCCAUCCUGCUGGUGAUGGAGGGACUCUCGGCCUUCCUGCAUGCCCUGCGACUGCACUGGGUGGAGUUCCAGAACAAGUUCUACUCGGGCACUGGCUACAAGCUGACUCCCUUCACCUUCGCUGUGGAGGACGAGUAGCGCCCACCCGCUGGCAGAACCCCCUACCCCUGCCCUUACCUCACGGAGGCCGAAAAGGAAUAAAGA